CUUGGACCCGGGGAGGAAAAAGCGUUGGAGGCGGCGCGGCCACCGCAGGGCAGGGUGUGGACGAGCUUGUAGUGCCAGUCGAGUGAGUAAGAGCUGUGCCAGUAGUUCUAGGGUCUCGAAAGCUGUGUUGAGCUUUAAGCCGUGCCAAAAGAACGCAACUUUUGCAGCUCUCUGCCCAUUCUGGAAUUGCAUUUAUCCGAAAAUGAAUGCUAUGGGAUUGCUGGGUGGCCUGCUCAAGGCUGUUGGAGGUGUAGACAUUAACCAGUUCAUUCCAUCUCAGCCGCCUCCACCUCGACGCCCAACUGUGUUUGCAGAGCAGAAUGAAAGUUCAGAGGAGCAGCAGUUCCGUAAAUUGUUUCAGCAGCUGGCUGGUGAUGACAUGGAGGUCAGUCCAGCAGAACUGAUGAACAUAAUGAACAGGAUUGUUUCUCGCCAUCCUGAUUUGAAAACAGACGGCUUCAGCAUUGAGAAUUGCAGGAGCAUGGUGGCUGUUAUGGAUAGUGACAGUACAGGAAAGCUGGGCUUCCAUGAAUUUAAAUACUUAUGGAACAACAUCAAGAAAUGGCAGGGUGUUUACAAGGCCUAUGAUGCUGACAGAUCAGGAACAAUAAGUGCAACAGAACUUCCUGGCGCCUUUAAAGCUGCUGGCUUCCCUCUUAAUGAUGCACUCUAUCAGAUGAUUAUCCGGCGAUACAGUGAUGAAGGUGGCAACAUGGAUUUUGACAACUACAUUGGUUGCCUUGUUCGGCUGGAUGCUAUGUGCAGAGCCUUUCAGACACUGGAUAAAGAUCAAGAUGGGACCAUUAAAGUCAAUAUUCAAGAGUGGCUGCAGUUGACCAUGUACUCUUGAAGAAGAGAAAAUACACAGCAAAUGGACGAAAGAAUGAGCCGACUUCAAAAAAGAAGCCAUGAUUCUUGCGUCUUGAGCUGACUUGUCAUGGACUGCCUCUUUCUGUGCUUUUUUUUCCUUUCUUCGGAGUGCUACUGCCUGUGAGGGGCACCUUUUCUCACCUUCUCUUAUUCUCUCCCUGUCUUGGCUUGAUCAUUCAUUUUAUAGCUGUUGCCACAGGACCUCCACUUGAGUGGGUGCACAGGGCAGUCAGUAUUCUGUUACAGAACCGUACAGCUGUCCUAUUUUGGAAUGAAUUUAAAAACAAAUUACAAUAAAUCAUUUUAGAUAAAA